AUGUGUAGAAUAGGUAAAUAUUAUCUUACCGAUGCCGAAUUUCCAUUAGUUCCGAGAUUUCUAGGACCCUACUACCGGACUUGGUACCAUCAUAGAGACAUUGAGGGACAUCGGCCUGAAAGCAAGAUUUCAUGUUUACGAAAUGUUGUGGAGAAGAUUAUCGGUCUACUUAAAAAAAGAUUCUCAUAUAUGAGAGGAUCUUUGCGACGAGGACAUUAUAGUAGCAGUGAUGAGGUUAACCCUCGACAUUUUGAUGGACCCGAAGAUGACACACCAAAUGCUCAUAUAUCUUUCACAUCAGAAGUUGCAUGGUCUAGUAAUAGGGAUAAAAUGGCUGAUGACAUGUGGGCCGCUUACCAUCCAAGUCAUGAUGUAGGAAUUGAUUUUGAUUGA